CUACAGCUUCCGGCUUCAGCCCAGCGGACUCAGUGUAAAAUUGCUGUUUCCCGUGUUUCCACGUUCGGCUGAAGGCUCCAGUGUGUCACCGCGGACCGAGCCAGCGCCGCCCAGAGAGUCCUUUUCUCUCUUCAGAUCGCCCUGUUCCCACUUUUCCAAAUGACUGACGGGGAGUGUGACUUCUUCUGCUUCUUCCGCUGCUGCUGAGGUCGCGGGCUGCGCCUCAGACAGACGGACGUUCAGGGUGUCUCUGGACAGAAACACGGACAGGCAGGGGGUAGGCGGAACUUCGAACGAACCAUUUCAGCCAAUCAGGCCGCUGGGAUCCGACAGGUAGGCGGGCCGUCUACCUGUCUGGGUGAUUGAGUCAGCCGAGUGGAUGUCUGUGGACAUGAACAGCCAGGCGUCGGACAGCAACGAGGAAGACUUCGGGGUGAACUCUGAAGAAGAGGAGGACGAUGGGGGAGAGGAGGAGGAUCAGGGAGACAUUCAGGACUACUACGACGGCGUGGCCAGCGACGUGGAGCAGCAAGGCGCCGACUCCUUCGACCCGGAGGAGUACCAGUUCACAUGUCUGACCUACAAAGAGAGUCAGAGGGUCUUAAUGGACGAGGUCAACCUGGUGGCCGUUGCGCUCAAGGUUUUACCAGCGGUAGCAAAACUGGUCCUGGUGCAUUUUCACUGGCAGGUUCAACAAAUUUUGGACAGAUAUAAGUCCAACUCAUCUCUGCUGUUGUCAGACGCUUUGGUUCAGCCCAGCAGCUCCUCCAGAUCUGUCACUGCCCCUCAGUCCCUCCAGUGUGGUGUGUGUCUACAGGUCGUACGGAGAGACUCCCUGCUGGCACUGCCCUGCCAGCACUCCUUCUGCAAAGCAUGCUGGGAGCAGCACUGCACUGUACUGGUCAAAGACGGCAUGGGAGUGGGUAUCUCGUGUAUGGCUCAGGACUGUUCCCUGCAGAUGCCUGAAGACUUCGUCCUGCCGCUGCUGCCAGGAGAGGAACUGAAGGACAAAUACAGACGCUACCUCUUCAGAGACUAUGUCGAGAGUCACUUCCAGUUGCAGUUGUGUCCCGGCGCAGACUGUCCCAUCGUCAUCAAGGUCCAGGAGCCUCGGGCGCGAAGGGUUCAAUGCAGCCGCUGCAGCGAAGUCUUCUGUUUUAAAUGCCGUCAGAUGUACCAUGCACCCACGGACUGUGCAACAAUCCGUAAAUGGCUGACCAAAUGUGCAGACGACUCGGAGACGGCCAACUACAUCAGCGCACACACUAAAGACUGUCCUAAGUGCAAUAUCUGCAUUGAGAAGAACGGCGGGUGCAAUCACAUGCAAUGCUCCAAGUGCAAACACGACUUCUGCUGGAUGUGUCUGGGCGACUGGAAGACUCACGGCAGCGAAUACUACGAGUGCAGCCGCUACAAAGAAAACCCUGACAUAGUCAACCAGAGUCAGCAGGCCCAGGCCAGAGAGGCACUCAAAAAAUACCUCUUCUACUUUGAGAGGUGGGAGAAUCACAACAAGUCUCUGCAGUUGGAGGCUCAGACGUACCAGAGGAUCCAGGAGAAAAUCCACGAGAGAGUCAUGAACAACCUGGGAACCUGGAUCGACUGGCAGUACCUGCAUAACGCCGCCAAGCUACUGGCCAAGUGUCGCUACACACUGCAGUACACCUACCCCUACGCCUACUACAUGGAGUCCGGGCCACGCAAGAAACUGUUCGAGUACCAGCAGGCUCAGCUGGAAGCAGAGAUAGAAAACCUGUCGUGGAAGGUGGAGCGGGCGGACAGUUACGAGAGGGGCGUGGUCGGAGGCGAAGGCGAGCUCAGCGCCAGCGACAGAGGGGAUCUGGAGAAUCAGAUGCACAUCGCUGAGCAGAGGCGACGCACGCUGCUGAAGGAUUUCCACGACACCUGAGGCGCCAUCGCGACUGCAAAGCACCAGCAUCCUCCUCCUCCUCCUCCUCCUCCUCCUCCUGCUCUUCCUCCCCUCGGUGCAGCUUCUUCUCGACACUCGCUCAUUGGCUUCUUUUUCUUUUCCUCCCUCUCACUCCCAUAAUGCUGCAGGGUCACACAAUGGCACCGUCGUAUCUCCACCUCCUCUUCCUCCUCCUCUUCAUCUUCAUCGUCGUUCACCGCGAUUACACUCUAAACUUCUCUGCAACUUUUCAGACAUAAUCAAAGAUCUCAGAAGACCAGGUCAGCUCUUAGACGUUUAGUUCAAAUGUUUGAGGAAUCCUGAAGCGAAUGGAUCAGAAUAAGACGAGGUAGAGGAGAUAAUAGUUAGAUUUUUGCAUUUUUUACAUCGAUUUGUCAAAAAAAAAAACACACACAAAGUGAACAUUUACACACAUUAUAAUUCGCAUCAACUUUCCUCAUUUGCAUCAGAUUAAAUUGAAUCCAUGUUUUCAGAUUUAAAGUGACGGCUCGCGUAGUUCUUUAAGUUUAUACAUUGAUUUUUUCCAUCGUGAAAAUAAAUCUGAUGUGUUUAUUGUGGAAGAAACGGCCCCAUACUCUUAAAAAAACAAAAAAAACAAAGUAUAGUAUUUUCCUACAUAUGAUGCAUGUUCAUGUACACAAGAUACUAAAGAUUAAGAUGUAUGUGUGUGUGUGUAAAUGAAACUUUUUUAGAUUCAGUUGCCUCCGUUUCACAAUAAACACACAUUCGUUUCCGCCGUCGCUGAAACAGAAAACGCUGGGGUUUGCGGUUGUUUUUUAACGCUGUUUCCACGCCUCAGUUUGAUUUAGUUUGAUACCAGGUUCAUUCUUAUUUUGAGGUGAUAAAAGCUCAUUUUCUUAAACAUUUGUUGAAUUAUUUUGAUAAUAAAUCUGCUUCGUUAUAAAUAUUUUACUAUCCCCAGAUCUAGUUUUAUAUUAUUAUGAGAAUAAACUCAUUUUCUCCUGUUUUGACUCGUUAUCAUAGUCUGAAGAGUUAAUUAUCAGAAACUCUAAUUAUUUCAUUUAUUUAAUGUCUAAUUAUCAGUCUCAUUAUGUCCAGAUGAAACUCAUUUGCUCCUGAUCUGAAAUUCCAGAUAAAGUUCGUUCCCUCCAGUUAAUGGAUGAUAAUAAUAUAAUUAUUCAUUAACAAGAUCUAACAGGUUUCUUAUCUUAAGCUCUGAUUAUUUUGACUUAAUUAUUUAUCUCAUUAUUUUGACAAAAAAACUUAUUUUCUCAUAUUAAUGGAUUAUUGUUGAACUAUCAUAAAAUUCAUUAUUUCCUUAAAUCUCCAGUUAAUGAUAAGUUUAUUAUCGCAAGAUCUGAUAAUUAUUUCAUUAAUUUGAGAUCUAACACUGAAUCUCAUUAUUUAAAGUCAUUUUGUCAAGAUCUAAUUAUUUCAUUAUCAUCCAUUAACAAGGACACACCUCUUAUAUUCAGCUCUGAUCAUUUUGACCUAAUUAUUUAUCUCAUCUUGACCAAAAACUUGUUUAACUAUCAUAAAAUUUAAUUAAAUCAAGCUCUGAUUUUGUAUUUUUAUCUCUAAAUAAAGCCUGUUCCCUCCUGUAAAUGGAUGAUAAUCAAAUAAUUAUCCAUUAACAGGAUCUAACACGUUACUUUUCUUGAGCUCUGAUUAUUUUGACUUAAUUAUUUCAUUACGUUUACACAAGACGUUUUCUCAUAUUAAUUGAUUAUUGUUUAAUAAUCUCAAAAUUCCAAAUAAAGCCUGUUUUCUCCUGUUAAUGAUAAGUUUAUUGUCUCAAAGAUCUGAUGAUUAUUUUGUUAAUUUGAGAUCUAACACUUACUUAAGAGGAUUAGGGCCACUGG